GUAGAAAGGAUGGUAUGCCAAAUGGAGUUACUCAUAUCAUCAGUCUUUGAUAUAUCCUUAGAGAACUAUACACACACACACUAAGAUAGAAAAUGGCACUCUCAUUCUCACUCUGUUCAGGCACAACCGUUCAUAACCGUUUUCCUUCUUGUAUGAAAUUGAAUGGUAAAAGUUAUAAAGUAUCCGAUAAAGUGUUAUGUUCUGCACGUAACGGUAACGAAAAGAAGCCGUUAGUGGGAAUUGGUAUUGGAAUUGUAGCAGCAUGGGUAAUGGGGUUAACAGCGUUGGAUGCAGAUGCAACGAGAAUUGAAUACUAUGCUACUGUGGGAGAACCAAUGUGUGAGCUUAAUUAUGUUAAAUCUGGGCUUGGUUACUGUGAUUAUGUUGAGGGUUUUGGUGAUGAAGCUCCUUUAGGAGAGCUUAUUGAUAUUCACUAUACAGCUAGGUUCGCCGAUGGAAUAGUAUUUGAUAGUAGUUAUAAACGUGCUAGGCCUUUAACUAUGCGUAUUGGUGUUGGCAAGGUAAUAAGGGGAUUGGAUCAGGGAAUUUUAGGGGGUGAAGGAGUACCUCCAAUGCGGAUAGGUGGGAAACGCAAACUCACGAUUCCUCCAUUGUUAGCGUAUGGUCCUGAACCUGCAGGCUGUUUCUCAGGUGACUGCAAUAUACCGGGUAAUGCAACUCUUCUGUAUGAUAUUAAAUUUGUUGGUCUUUAUUCGGGCAAUCGAAGUCAAUGAAGACAAAAUUGAUCGAAUACGUAUACGUAUAUGAACCGCACGUGGAUUAGAGUAAUGAAAUGGACUUUUUUUGCUGGUGAGUGUGGAUCGACUUGUUAGGCAGAUUCUCCUUCCUGGUUCCAGCUCUCUCAAAUUACUAUUCCUGUUUAGUGCAGUCCGACAUGAUUCACCUGAAUAGAAUACCCCUUUUAAGAGUAAAGAGGAUCCAACCCUGGUGCGGUGAUAUAUAUUAGACAUGUCUGGUAACAUGAUGCAACUUUUUGUAUCUUUAUUGUAAAUGUAAUUUUCAAUAGUACACUCUGAAUGAUGAAUUAAUUAAUUCUUUAUAUGAUAAAUGUUAUCCCCUAUUACUUGUAUCUUUAA